AUGUGUCGCUCCUUGGUCGCAGCCUGGCUUGUUUCGACGUACGUUGCCUCUACCUUCAGCCUGCCCCUCCCUUUACUCGCCGCCUCCCAUGGUCUUUCCCCGCUCUCGGAACUCUUCCGGCAUCCGAACCCGGGGCCCGAAGACUCUGGCAAGACCCAUGAUCUGGAGCGGAGAGGAUUAGCGCGGUUUGACGGAGAGGUCGCUCAAGGGCAGGAAGAUGGAGUCCCCAAAGUCAGAACUACCUCUUCCUCUGCGGCGUUCAUCGACACACCCCUUGAGCUCUCCACCCGGGCUCGCCUGUCUUUACCGCUCUCCUUUUCAAUAUUUCUCGACAACCCUUCACAUGAAACCCAUGCGUAUCAUGUGCAAGGAGAUUCAUUCGUUGCUGUCGCACAGCGAUUCCCAGCACGUACAUUAAGCCCUAUUCGAACAGUAGACAUCCACGCGCAGGUCACCGCGCUCUCGACCGACACUCAAGCCCUCGUGUCUUCUAGAGCACAGCACGCUUCCGGGAACGUCCGUCGUGAUGGAAGCGACGAUAGCCAACCAAAGACUGUGUCCACGGGGCCGUACUGGGCGGCACUAUUCCAACCGAGGGGUCGCAAAGGACCCCGGGACGACAACCAGAGCGAGAUCAUCGAGUAUUUGGACUCACCCCGAGAAGCGCCUGGUCGCCUCUACCCUUACUACUACUCCAAAGACGCCAGCACCUUUCACGAAGAUCACGAAGCCUCAAUGCCUUCCUCUGCCACAUAUCCUAUUUCCGCUCCCCCCAGCCCCAGUCCUUCAAUCACCCCGCCUCCCCCCGCCAUCGUGCACCAGCACCACUGCCUCGUCCGCGACAAGCUCCCCUCCACGGACAGCACGCCCACCUCCUCCACCCGCUUCAACUCCACCCCCCACUCCCGCUCCAACUCCCGCCCCACGAUCGCCCGCACUGCCACCCUCCCUCCUCCCCUCCUCCUCCUCCCGACCGACCCGCGGCGCCCCCUGUCGGCGGCGUCGGACACCGCGAUGCACCCGCUCUCCGCCGUCACCGCCGCGCACCCGAAGAUGCACCGCGGCCCCGCGCGCCUCGUCGCCGUCAACGCGACCGCGGCGGACAUCAUCAGCCCCGUGUCGCCCGGGCCCCGCGCGCGGCCGCCGUCGAUGAUGAUGGACGUGGACGGGGACGGGGACCCGUUCCGAAGGAUGCCGAGCCCGGUGGUGGCGCCGCUGAGGAGCGGGUCGUCGCUCGGCGCGCGCGCGGAAUGCGGGGCGGGCCCAGAGGCGACUUCGCCGGUGGCGACGGUCGAGGUGUUGCGAGCGAGGACGCUGGAGGAAAAGGCAAAGCCCGAGAAGGGUGGCGCGGGCGGAGGUGCCAGGGCACAUAAGGAGAUGGUGACGGGACUGAAGACUGAGAUCCAGAUGCUGAUCCAGGAGGUAAGGGCGCUGAAGAGCGACCAGGACGUCCUGGACAGGGAGCGCGAGAAAAAGUACGGGAUUGGGUCGGGGAUGUGA